AAUGUUUACUGAUGUCAUCACAAUCUCCCAAAUCGUUUCAAUUUCGUGUUACUAAAAUCGAAAAUUCUUAAAUUUCUGCGUACAACUCCGUGAAAAGUGCGAAAUUACAUUGAAAACGUGGCCAAGAUGCCCCUCUUCGAUUCCGUGCUGCAGGAAAAGCCGGCCAUCGUGCUGGAAAUGGGUCAUGCCCUUACCAAACUCGGUUACGCCGGUGAGCCCCACCCCCGCAGCAUCAUUCCGUCGGAGGUGCUGGACCACAAGGCGAAGAGUGCCAACCGGACAACCCCGAACAGGAAGCUGUUCGAUUACGCCAACGAGUCCGAGCUGUACGACCAGCUGGUGGAGUUUCUGAAGAUGAUCUUCUUCAAGUACGUGCUGGUCAGUCCGAAAGAGCGCAAGAUUGUGAUCGUUGAGUCGGUGCUCUGCCCAACGCAGAUCCGGGAGAAUCUGGCCAAGGCGCUGUUUUGCCACUUUGACGUUUCGUCGAUCUACUACGUUCCGUUGCAUCUGGUGGUGCUUUCGACGCUGGCCGUGGACACCGCCCUGGUGGUGGACGUUGGGUACAAGGAGGCGAGUGUCGUCCCGGUUUACAGCGGAGUUCAGGCGGUGUUUGCGUUUGAAGCGCAGAAUUUGGCGGCGGAAGCGAUUCACGAGUACAUCAAGGGCGAGUUGAUUUUGAACGGGGUUGAGGAACAUCUGCUGACAGAUUACGUCGUGGAGGACAUUAAGGUGCGUACGUGUUUUGUGACUACGAGGGAACGUGCCUGCAAGUGGCGCAGCGAGGAAAAGUUUGAAACCUGUCCCGAUGUGGACUACCCGAUUAAGGGAGAUGAAAUCAUUAAAAUUCCUGGCAUUUUGCGGGAAACAGCGUUUGAAGUUCUGUUUCCCGAGGAUAACGACCACCUCAACUUGGCAAACAUCAUCCUGAAUUCGAUCUUGAAAUGCCCCAAGGACAUGCGGAAAGCGCUCGCUGAAAACCUGGUUCUCGUGGGCGGUACCACAAUGGUCCUAGGUCUGGCAGCGCGUCUCAAGCAGGAACUGGCGGCGCUUCUGCAAUCGGACCAGUAUCGGGAAAAGCUCUUCAUCAAGACGUUCAAGUUCCACAAACCACCGGCGAAGGCCAACUUUACCGCCUGGCUGGGAGGAUCGAUCUACGGUGCGACGGAUCUGGUGCUCACCAAGUCGAUUGCCCGCGAGGCGUACAGCAAGAACCAGCAGCUGCCCGACUUUACCAACUACGAUGAGACGCGAUCGCACGGUAGGAUUUAGGAGGGAGUGGCGUAAAUUAUUUAUUCGAGUACUCACAGUGAACUACAGUAGUUGUUCGGUAACUGGGCGUUGUUUAACUGGGCUGCUUUUUAACUGGGCGCUCGAUAACUGGGCCGUAGCCCAGUUAAAAAGCAGACAAACGUCAAAAAACCAAAACAAACCAAAAUGACCGAGGGGUUAAUGGAUGCAAAAAUCAUAUUCAAUAAAUAAAAAAACUUUUUUCCAACUUUUGUUUAAUUUCAAGUUACAAUUAAAGAAAAAUGAAAAGUAAGCAUUGUAAAUUAAUUUGAGUAACUUUUAUUUUUAUAUUUCAUCUGGAAUAUAUUAUGCAUCGGUGGUCCCCUCGUUAUUUUUCGUUCAGCCCAGUUAACGAGCAGCAUUCGGUGACUGGGCUACGUUCUCAGCCCAGUUACCGAACAACUACUGUAUAUUGUAAUUUGCACUACCUAUUUUUAUUUAAAACUAAUAAAUUAUGCUUUGAAACAAUUUUGAAGCGAGUUUUGUUGUUUUGAGAAAAAACAAGCCUAAUAUUCAAAAAUGUUAUGGAAUAUUAGAUAUGGUGAUAUGAAAGAAGUUAACAACCUUGGUUUAUUACUGAAAUAAACUGUAUUUAUUACUUAAGUCACCCCUAAAUGAUGUCAGUUCAUUCGUUUUUUAUCUUCUUUUUCUCUCUCUCUCGUUUUUAACUUUUUUUGUUCAGUUUAUUGUUGAGUGUUUCUGUAAAUAGUUUGCUUUAGUGAUCAAAAAUGCUCGCUGCACUUAGUUUAGUAAAGAUACUUAACGAUAUGAAAAAAUAGUUGUUUUUUUUUUCAACCUCAGCAUAGCUUUUCAUUAACGCAGAGAGAAGAAAAAACGAGAAAUCUAUCGUGUAAACCAAAACUACCCUUUGCCCCAUCAUGCCACACACAGUCCUUUAAGUUGAUUGAACGCGAAAAAUAAUGGAUUGUUUGUUCUUCCUGAAGUGAUUUGUUAUAAAAAAAAUGCAUCUCUUUUUUUGUGAAAAGUGUUAGUAACUGCUUUCUGUCCAAGAAAAAAAAAACCUUAUCCUAAAAUGAAACAAAAAAAAAACGCCAUUUAUCCCAA